AAUGAUGAGAGGUUAUUCAACAUGUACAUCAAACCACAAACCCCUUUAGAGUAUGGCCACUAGAUUUCAGUGGUUCCCCACCAAUAACGUCAAAGACCUUGACCGUUCUAUCUGAAGAACACGUCGCUAAACGCUUGCCAUAGUAGUCAAGUUGCGCAUCAUGCUAGGGUUGAAUUUUUGAGUACACGUUCAGGAUGCGAUGAUGAUGUUGUUGCAUACAAUCAUGUCUUCAUGAGCGGUUUCAAUUGGAACUGCUUCGGUCGUGGUCGCAGACGGCAUGUUUGCUCGAUACUGCAGAUGAUUUUGGAAUCUGGACAAUGGUGGGGACGUGUCGUGACAGCAGCUAAUCUGAGUUUGAAACCAUCACAACUGUACCAAACCACUAUGUAACUUAUGACCUCGAGGUCAACCCUUAUACGCAAUCGACAAAUGAUAUGACCUGCACACUUUCAGACUGACAACACAGAGAGAUGGAUUCCAUCUCAUUAUCAUCGUUAUCCAGUCUCACCACACACCAAAAGUCUUCUCUUGAAAAAGGAGGAUACAAAAAAUUAUCAGACCUCUUACUCAGUACGUCAAGUGAUAUCUCGCGCACGACGCGCAUUGCUCCAUUAGAGGUCACCAGAAUUCUCGAGGCUGCAUGUCGAGAACACGCAGUGCCCAUCAACAAAAUCAAAGACCUGCCGAUGGAAGGCGAAGAGAAGUUCACCAGUGGAGAUGCUGAAUUAGAUAGUAUGUUGGGUGGUGGAAUUAGAACGGGAAUGCUCUGGGAAGUUGUAGGUGAAAGUGCUGCGGGCAAGACACAGUUAGCCCUUCAACUCUCGCUGUUUGUUCAGCUCCCUUCUAGGUUAGGAGGCGUUCUAGGUUCCGCUUUUUAUCUGACGGUUGCGUCCCAACUGCAAACUACACGAAUGGAACAAAUACUCAAUACCCAUCCACUCUUGUCGCCUUCACUGUGUUCUUUCGCAAAUAUACAGCACACAUCCGUUCCAACUAUCGACAAACUCAUUUUUGUCCUGUCUAAAUCUUUGCCACAAUAUAUAUCUGCAAAUAACCAAAACUCAUCAUCAAGACCUCUCAAACUGAUUGUCAUCGACGCUAUCGCUGAACUUUUUCACACUUCCAAGAGGACCACCACACAGUUCCUAGUCGAGCGGUCUCGCAGACUAUCUGAAAUAGGGAUGCUUCUGCAUUCGCUCGCCAGCAAGCAUCAAAUAGCGGUCCUAGUCCUGAAUGAGGUCAGCGAUACGAUCAACAGGGAUACUGCUCCUUUGGAUAGUGGGCAGAUCGGCUACAAGGAUCAGUUCCGGUGGUUCGGUCGUGCGGACAGUAUCCUAGGGGAGGAUAGGAAAGAAGCAACGCUCGGUCUAGUCUGGUCGAAUCAGUUGAAUGUCAGAAUAUUUCUCUCGCGAACAGGUCGCCGUCGAUAUCUUGAAGAGAGCGAGCACUCAAGGAAAAUUCAGAAGUCGGUCUCAGCGACGUCGUCGAAUAUUUCAGCCGGCGAUCAACAACCCGUGCUUAUUAGGCGCCUAACCGUGGUGUUCAGCUCGGUGUGCGACCCUGCCUCUUGUGACUAUGUGGUUACUGCGCAAGGCAUUUCAGUUAUUCCUGGCUCUGCUGUUCUGCUUACUGCUCGACCUGCAGUAAGUACAGCUACACCUCCAGGGACCACCCAUGAUUCGAUGUCACCUCACGGGGACUUCACUCAAAUGCAAAAGGCUCAAUUAGCGCCGUUGGAUAUCGGCCAUAUUGUGGAUAGCACAGCCAUUGACAGUAGAUAUUCCACACCAGACAACGAGCCAGGGGAUGACGAAUGGGACGCUUUUUGGGAGCGAAAUGCGUUACCGGAGUGUGUGUUUGAGGAAGCAGCGAAUUUGACUGAAUCCUCGUGAUACCUAACGUUGUCUGCAACAACCGACCGUUUGUGCAUACGCUGUUUUUAUUAGCCAGUGCGACAUAUACAUAUAUGUAAAAUUCCAUACUCAUACAAAGCUGUCCCCAACAUUGGCAAUACAAGUACAAAACCAACAUGUCUGUCUACAGAGGAAUCUCGGUCCACCUUUCGUGGGUGUGUCCCUCCUUCAUGUGUUCUGCCUUCUUGCUGGAGGACUUAGGGUACGCACUCUCCAACUCCACGUCCAGCGGGUGUUGGAAGGCAGUGAAAUGUGAACUUGCUGCUUUAGUGAUCGGAUACCGAGGCGAGACCUUAGUGAUACCGGGGUGUUUAUCACAGGAUGCUAAUACGAGACCAACCAAAG